GGCCUAGGCCUACCACCACACGAGAUUCUACCACUUGCCACAGUGCGCCUUUUCUCCCAGUAGAUCUACUUCGCACUUGUUUGAGAAGUUUGUGGUUGACGGCUGCAACUGGGUAUGGCACGGGUGUGCCUUUGGUAGUCACUGGAAUGCGACGUGGACUGUAAUCCCUCAAGGGGCUGUCAUGUGGAACCACAGCGGUUGAGAAGAAGGGGAGGGCAGAGAUUUGGGCGAUCUUCCCAGCCGUGUCGCGAACGCAAACCGUCGCUAGCUUUGAGGUCGCAAGUUGGAGAAACGGGUCUGCUUCAUUCACGCGACACACAGCGCCUGCCAUUCACAACGGGCCGUGACUUCGCCUUGCCGUGGUAUGUGUGAAUAUUUGGGGCCUAGGCUUGGCACAAGUUAGUUGCACACGCAUUCCGGCACAACACCGGCAACGAUAUUGCUACUGCAUUGUGAACACGGAAAGAAAGUGGACGAAACGAUUGGACUAGAAAGUGAAAACUUGUGCUUGUCGAGUUUUUAGUGGUACCGUAUAUUCUCGAAAUUUAGAGAGGAUACAAGUUUAGUAGGCCUACUGUUGAAAGAAACGUUCAUUACAACCAACCACGUUUCAUUGAGGAUUUUACUCCUGUUUAACUCGACUGAGACUGACAGACCCGUCGUGAAAUUGAAAGGAGAUCAUUCACAAGGUGAAGGAAGUAACUUGUAAGGCGAACUUCCUGUGCCUCUCCCAGCAACAAAUGUUGCCAAGAAAAAGAGGAAGAGGAAAAAAGUCACUUCGGAAUUUACACAACAAGGGCUAGACCAUCGCUGCGUCCAUCACUCAGGUCAUCGAACGUGAUUGGUGUGGAUUUGAUUAACAUCUUGAGGACUCCGUGUUUUUUGGGACAUUCUCCAUGAAAGAUAAAAAGUGCACAGACUUCGUAUUCAUGCCCCUCAAAGACGGGGGGCGACCCUCCCCCAGGGGGGAAGGGGGAUCCAAAGACAAAGGCGCGGCCGCCGCCGCCUCGGGUUCGGAUAGCAAUCUGGCUGCCUCGGGGGGCGGCACGGAGGUGCGCUCCAAAAUCGUGGUCGUUGGUGCGUGCGGCUGCGGCAAGACGUCGCUCAUUCACAGAUACGUCAGGGAUGCUUUCACUGAGAGCUACGCCCCGACAGGUUUCGACACGUACAACAGCCACUACAGUGUCUCCGACACCUACAGAAUACACAUGUCCAUCUGGGACACGUCUGGUGAUGUGGGGUAUGAUCGGGUCCGGCCGUUGUCCUACACUGAGGCAGACCUGGUCAUCAUCUGUUUUGCCAUCGACCGGCCAGAGUCCAUGGAGGAAGUGGUCGCAAAGUGGUACCCAGAGGUCAAAGAACACUGUCCCAACCAGCCGGUCAUGCUCGUGGGCUGCAAGUCGGACAUGCGCAGUGAGAUUCGGGCCAUGCCUCCGGGCAGACGCCGGCCGGAGUUUGUCACCUAUGAUCAGGGGUUGAAGACGGCCAAAUACAUCGGUGCCCUCGUGUACUCGGAGACGUCUGCCAAGAACUCGGCGCGCAGUGUCUGUGACGUCAUGGAGGUGGCGGCACUGUCAUCUGCUGGUGCAAAGAGUGGGUGCUCCUUCACGGCCAGCGGCAGCAGCGGCACCACCACCACCACCAGCAACAGCAGCACCGGCAGCAGCGCCAACAGCAACAGCAGCGCAGACAGCCCCAACUUUCGCCGGCAACGAUCCUUCAUCCGAAGAAAGCGGUUUACAGGGAUGAACGAGGCUAAAGUCCAUUUGAGGAAAGAGGCGGCCAAGAGUUGUGUGGUCAUGUGACUUGUUCAAAGGUCAAAACGUUGAGGAUAUGAACGUGUAGUGACUGAAUUCCUUCUCAGCUAAGGCCUACGUUGAAUCAGUCGUAGAAGGCAGAUGAAAUUUUUCCUGUAUGAGAAGAGGCCGGUUUGUUUUGAUCCUCGGAGCGAGGACUGAUCCCCCCCCUCCCUUCCCUCUAGUCAGGUGGUGACUUUCGAAAGAAGGAUGGAGUAUGACUGUGUGAAGAGAGGAUGACAUUAUGAAAGAAAUCAGAAACUUUGACACGCAGGUGUGCGUUUCCUCACAACAGCGGAAUGUGCUCCUUGUUAAUGUCCUAAAAGACAGGGAGACUCACAGGAAAAAUGUGACAGCUAGACUCAUUGUUUCUGAUAUUUCUGGUGUAAGAAACUCAGCUGUUGUCACGUUUUUUUCAAAGAUGUACACAAAACACAUUUCGCUCUUUGAAAAGUAGUGGGAAAUACAUAUUAUAACUGAAACGGAACUGUAUAAACCAGCAUUCCCCAACCAAAGAAAGUAAUAGCUUGCAUUAGUCCUGACAUUAUGGAAAGCUGAAAAUUGAAGAGCUCCUGAGAAAAGGGAGCGAAAAUUUUCUGCUUUCACUUUCGUUAUAGUAGAGGACAGUGCUUUCAGGCUCUUGGUAUAAAUUUUUUGGUUAAACGUUGUAAUGCCUGAUGGAUUGACUUUGUUCUUAUUUAUGGAGAAAGUGCUUCCCUUAACAUCAGAGAACAAAAUAUUUAUUUAUGUUCCUUCACAUAUCAAGGCAUACACCUUAAUUGACAUAUUGAAAUUAAAUUGCUCACGUAUUUUUUUUUCUCCUGGAGGUUAGCUAUGUUGUGAGGUUAAUGCCCUCUUAGUUCAAGGGAAGAUUUUGUGUUUAUAAUGGUUCCCCAGAGCAGAGUGAGACCACAUGCUUUAAGCUGUUGAAGUGUAGCUUCCUCAUAUUUCCUGAAUGCUUAAUACCUGUUGCAAUAAUAUAAUAAGGUAUCUGUGUCACUCAUCUGAUGCAACGCACUGACUUUGCCCUAUCUUCUUACACUUGUACAUACAAAUGACAAAGUUUGCUGCUUUCUCUCCCGACAGUAUUAUGGUACACACCUUGCAACAUGUUUGUCUCCCAUCUCCACUCGGGUCCCACAUGGGUCCCAGUAGGAGACUUACAUUGGUCAUGUACAGUUUUCAACCCUUUAUUUAUUUCUACAGUGCUACAUGCUGCUAGUCUUAACCUAAGAUUAUGAUAUAAUCUCACUGACUGUUUUGUCGUACCUCACUCAGAUUGAUGGAUCUUCAGAACUUUGUUUAUUUGUACUAACAACCAUCCCCCAUGUUCUCAGGGGUGAAGUGUUUUGUUCGUGAUUUUCCCGUGGGGUUGGGCUUUCUCUGAAUUUAGGAACCCUGUAAUUGCUUCUAUGUUAAUUUUUUUUUCUUCCCCCCCCCCCACCCUUGAAUUUUAAGUGCGACCCGUUUUCUGGGGAAAGUGUCAGAGUGAUGUAGUGGUUAUAGAAACCCCUCUCUUUGUAAUCCAGAGGGGUGCGUA